AUGGCAGCGCAUAAGAAUCGUACUGGUGACAGUGAAGGCCGCUAUACGAAUCUCGAGACUACUGCAGGAGCUGUCCCGACUGGUGAUGUUGUUCCUGAUGAGGCCUCAAGAGGAAGGUGUUUUGGCUUGAGGCUGGUCAUGGCUACACUACCAGUGGGGUUCUCGGAGGCUUUGGCUGUCCUUUUCUUCACUCAAGCAUUGGUGACAGCUGAGGUCAGCAACGGUCUCAUAGGCUAUGCGUGGUUGGUGUCACCACUGGCGGCGAUUCUGGUCCAACCCUGUGCUGCUGUUUGGAGCGAUAGAGCUACAUGGAGUCGCUUUGGGGGCCGACGAAAGCCGUUCCUGCUGAUGGGCUACUUCUUUGCAGUGCUCGCAUCUGCAGUGUUAAGUCUAGGGUCUGAACUCCCUGGGAAUCCCACCGUGUAUGUAGCCAUCGGAUUUGCUCUUCUUUUCAUCAGUACCAACCUGCAUCUAGUCAUGCUCAGAGCCCUCGUCACUGACACGGUUCCACGCAAGGCCAUGGGAGUCUACUUCUCCCUGCAAACGUUGUUCUACGUCUUCGGAGCGGCCCUCACAUAUGCUGGAUCGUACGUGUUGGACUAUGAAGGGUCUUGGUGGAUGGACGCGCUUCGUAGUGAAAGUUGCAGUAGUAGUGUAUGCCUCCACCUGAGGAGUAUGGCGGUCAUCGCUGGCUGUCUGCAGUUCGUGAUGGCUCAUUCGGUGUUGAUGUUACCCGAAGUGCUUACAGGAGUACCGCCAGAGCAACGCAGUAAAUGCUGUCUCUGUUUCAAGUGGAUCGCUGAUUUUUUCUGUGACUUGAAAGAUUUACUUCUCCACUCUACAUCUACUGGUUUGAUAUUCCUGGCAUCGAUCGGAGGCUUCAUGGGAGUUGCCGCUCUGAUGAUACAUGGCAUCCAACUACUGGUCAUAGACGGGUUGCCCCCCGAGAUGCCCAUACCCGAAAGGUAUGCAACAGCUUCAUAUGGUCUGUAUGGUUCGAUGAUCCUAGGUGUGGUUACUGCGAUGGUCCUGCCGAUGAUCGAACGUCUAGGGCUGGACCUAGCACUGUGUUGGGUUGUAUCCUUCCUUAUUUUCGCUGGUCUAUUGGUGAGCUCGUUGGCACUACCCAGAGUAGCUGAGCACAAGGGGUUUGGUGUUGCGUGGAUGGUGCUCACUCUAGGGCCUAUGUAUGCUACGUUGCUUACCAUUCCUUUGACACUUCUUGCCCGUACUGGUACGGCAUCGGCUGCCUUGAGGAUGUCCAUGUUGUCGGUCUCACAAGCAGUAGCUCAAAUAAUUGUCUCUGUCACUGGUGGUAUAUGGUUCGCUGUAUCCUCUCAAAAAGCCGCGAUCUUCGUAGGGUGUGGUAUCGCGUCUGCAGUAUCUGCCUUAUUGGCUCUGGCUGUCUAUGGUGCCAUUAAGAGCGGUAGAGCUGAGUAUUAUGACGGUCUCGAUGAAGAGGAGUUAGCACCGGUGACUGGCGGCGUACCGGAAAUGACAGUGGUCCCACCAAGGGUUAUUGGUAGAGUUUAACCUGAGUAGAGACUGGUUGCUGCCAUGGUCAUAUUAUUAUUAGUUUUUGAUGGUAUCGUCACCA